UCCAGAGCUUUCGAGGAAGGUUUCUUUAACUCGAAUUCAUCCGCCUGAUAAUUUUCUUAUAUUUUCCUAAAGAAGGAAAAGAAGCGCAUAGAAGGGAAGGGACAUAAUUUGUUAGGAUCCUUUGUUACGACUAUGAGGAAUUUGGAGCUCAGUUGAAAAGCCUAACUGCGUCGCGGGAGGUUGGGCGCGGCGAACUACUUUUGGCGGCGCACGGAGACGGCGCCUACGUAAAAAGUGAUAAGUGACGCAACAUACGUUGCAUAAAUUUGAGCUCCGCCGAAAGGGAGCGUUUAGGGGCGAGAGGCUUUGUUGGGUGAAGGUGUCUUGGACUUCAGUGGCCGGACGUGAUUGGCGAUUCGCGGCAUCGUCGUAUCCUCUAACAGGUCAAAAUGCAGAUCUUCGUGAAGACCCUGACCGGCAAGACCAUCACCCUGGAGGUGGAGCCUAGUGACACCAUCGAAAAUGUGAAGGCCAAGAUCCAGGAUAAGGAAGGCAUCCCCCCCGACCAGCAGAGGCUCAUCUUUGCAGGCAAGCAGCUGGAAGAUGGCCGCACUCUUUCUGAUUACAACAUCCAGAAAGAGUCGACCCUGCACCUGGUCCUGCGUCUGAGGGGUGGCUGUUAAUUCUUCAGUCUUGCAUUCGCAGUGCCCAGUGAUGGCAAUACUCUGCACUAUAGCCAUUUGCCCCAACUUAAGUUUAGAAGUUACAAGUUUCAGUAAUAGCUGAACCUGUUCAGAAUGUUAAUAAAGGUUUUGUUGCAUGGUAGCAUA